AUGAAGUCUCGCGAGACAGAGACGAAGACUGGGCGAGAUCAAGUCGCAGACGGAGGAAGGGAAAAAAAGUGGGUUACAGUGGGAGAUACAUCAUUACGGAUAUUCAAAUGGGUCCCGGUUACAGAGACUAAACAGAUAUACAAGCCUAAAGUGUCAGGGACUGCAGUGAGGGAACUGAAGGGCUUUCCUACAGAUGUAGUGUUGGAAAACGCCCGCUCUGUGCUGCUGGAUUUUCAGGAUGACAACAGUAACCAGAGUUUCCUAUCAGAUGCCUAUCAGUCUAAUACCAAAGUGGACAGCAGCAGCAACUCCAGUCCACAGCAUGUAAGUGAGGCAGUGAGCCCUUCCCAUGCACCCUACUUCCGUACAGAGGAUUCCCAGCCGCCCACCCUGGGACAGGAGACCAUGGAUGCCGAAAGAGAGGCAUCAACAACCAGCAGUGAGGUGACGGAUGAGCCUCCGACUCUAAUUAAAGAAGAUGUGUUGUCUCUCUCUACUCGGGAGGAAGAGGAGGUGAUUGGAGCCCCACCGCUUAAAAGAGUUUGCACUGAGCAAAACUCAACUCCCAGAUAGCACCACUACGCUGAACAUUGCAGGUCAAAAGUAUAGAAGUAUUUCUGAAAGAGACUAAAC